GGGCCGAGUUGGCGCAGUCCAAGUUUGGCGGGAAACGCGCGCCUUGUCUCGUGGCUCUGCUCGUCGCGGGCGCAUAAACUCUUAUUUUUGUUAAACAUUGUAGGGGGGGAGGUUUCAAAAUUAAUGUUAAAGUUUUUAAUACAAGUACAUUUUAAAGUGAGCAAUAAUCGGCGGCCUUGGUAAGAUUUGUAGCAAGUUGCAUAAACAGUGUAAGUCUCGGCGAAGCCCCUAGGCCCCGGUUGCAUAUAACGCGUGGCGGGAAUUAAAAAAUUCGUUAAAAUUAACGUCUAAAAGUCUAUUUCUUCGCAAAACAUCCCCGUUUUAUACACGCUGCAAUCUUCAUCUACACGCGCUAUGAACGGUGAACUAAGCGUGAUACAGAGAAGCACCUCUCCCAACAAACCCAAGCCCAACGAAUCGGACCCACCAGAAGGCACGCACAUCGUCACAAUGGAAAUGGAAGAAGGGAACUCAGCCAACAUUGCUGUGGGUGACAUCGUCAUCUCACAGAUCAUGCUGGAUGAGGAGAAGAAACUUGAGAAAGAGGGUGAUGAGCAGGAGGAGAAGUUCAUGAAGAAGCAACACGAGGCAUGGAAGAAGCGCUCGCACGAGAUGGGCUUCCGUCGGCUGCAGCAUCUUCUUGAAAAGAGCAACAUCUACUCCAACUUUCUCCUGACUCGCAUGGAGGCCCAGCAAGCAGAGGCCCAGAAGAUGAAGGAAAAGUCGGAGCUCAAGUUGGCAAAGAAAAGGAAAUUGGAGCAGGCUGGAGGAAAGGAGAAACGUGAAUCUGCCCCAACUGCAUCUCCCCAAAAAUCUAAGAAAAGGUUAAAGGACAAAGUCUGUGGAAUAUCUGACUUCAUCAGCAAGGAGGAUAUCGAGACGUUCAGCAAGAAGAGAAAAGUUGAGAACGAUGCGACCCUUGGUGAAGCUUCCUUGCCUAAGAGUGACGUGGAGUCCAACGGUGCGAUUCGAGAGCGCCUUGGCCAGGUUGUGCGACAGAACGCUGCACAAAUGUGGCACCCCAACCGCAUGAUCAAUGGGCAGAAGGUGCCCUUCCACCAGCCACGCCUCUUCACUGGCGGCGUCAUGAGGAGCUACCAGGUGGAGGGCAUGGAGUGGCUGAGGAUCCUGUGGGAGAACGGCAUCAAUGGGAUUUUGGCGGACGAGAUGGGGCUUGGCAAAACAGUGCAGUGCAUUGCCACGGUGGCUCUGAUGGUGGAGAGCAGUGUGAUGGGCCCUUUCUUGGUGGUGGCACCACUCUCCACGCUGCCAAACUGGAUUUCGGAGUUCAAGCGUUUCACCCCCAAGAUCCCGGUGAUGCUAUACCAUGGCUCUGCCGACGAACGGCGCUUGCUGCGUCCCAAGAUUGCCAAGAAGCAGGGAGAACUGGAUAUCUGCCCUGUCAUUGUCACCUCGUACGAAAUCGCCAUGAUUGACGCCAAGUAUCUGCAGACAUUUUACUGGAAAUAUCUCAUGCUCGAUGAAGGCCACCGGAUCAAGAAUCUAAACUGCCGGCUGAUCCGAGAACUCAAGCGCUACCGUAGCGAAAACAAGCUUCUUCUCACAGGCACGCCGCUACAGAACAACCUGGCGGAGCUUUGGUCCUUGCUGAACUUUUUGCUGCCCGAAGUCUUCGAUGACCUCAAAAGCUUCGAGACAUGGUUCGAUGUAUCAAACCUCUGUGGUAGCGUGGAGGAGAUUGUGGCAAAGGAACAACAGGAGCACGUUCUUCACAUGCUGCACCAGAUCCUGACGCCGUUCCUGCUACGACGCCUCAAAGCAGAUGUCACCAUUGAGGUGCCACCCAAGCGAGAGGUCCUUGUGUAUGCACCACUCACCGCAGCACAGGAUCGCCUCUACAAGGCCACAGUGAACAAAACCAUCAGGAGCGUUCUCAACCCCAAGGAAGUCCAGCCUGAGCAGAAGACUCCAAGUGGACGCCCCAAGCGACGCAUACGCAAAGAGAUCAACUACGCCGAAUUGAAUGACAGUGUCAACAGCAUCGAUAAUUUGGAGGAGCUGAUCGCGAGGCAGGCACAGGAGGAAGAACAAUACAAGAUCAAAGUCGACUGGGCACCACAGAAGUCAGAGUUGAACAUGCAGCUUUCUAACAUUUUGAUGAUGCUGCGGAAAUGCUGCAACCACCCGUAUCUCAUCGAGUAUCCCCUCACCGCAGAUCAAGAGUUCAAGGUGGAUGAGAAUCUCGUGAAAAGCUCAGGAAAGUUGCUGCUGCUCGACCGGAUUUUGCCAGCGCUCAGGCAACGCGGGCACAAGGUGCUCAUCUUCUCCCAGAUGGUCCUCAUGCUGGACAUCCUCAUGGAUUACUGCUACCUUCGCAAGUUCCAAUUCAGCCGGCUCGAUGGGAGCAUGAAAUACUCUGAGCGCGAGGAAAAUAUGCACAACUUCAACACAGACCCAGAUGUUUUUAUCUUCCUGCUGAGCACGAGGGCUGGUGGCCUGGGUAUCAACCUCACAGCAGCCGACACGGUCAUCAUUUACGACAGCGACUGGAACCCACAGGUGGACUUGCAAGCACAAGAUCGCUGCCACCGCAUCGGACAGACGCGACCUGUAGUCGUGUACCGCAUGGUGACAGCCAACACGGUUGACCAGCGCAUCGUGGAGCGUGCCGGCGAGAAGCGGCGGCUCGAGAAGCUAGUCAUCCACAACAAACAAUUCAAAGGUGGCCAGAAGGGCAUGACGCAGGUGAAAAACAGCCUUGACCCACAGGAGCUCAUUGAGCUGCUCAAGUGCCCAGAUCACCAACGAGUGGUGGAAGGGUCUGUGAUUAGUGACAAGAAUCUGGAUCUUCUAUUGGACCGCAGCGACCUUGUUGCAGGCAAAAGUGAAGAGGAGGACACGAGCAAGCAGGCGAUGGGUGUGUUCAAAGUUGUAAAUACAAGAAACAGAUGUGACAUGGAACUCAGGAUAUCGGGUCUUUGAAGUUUUGUGAAUGUACUAUAUGCGAAAACUGGAAACAUUUGGUUUUUGAGGUGUGGUGCACUAUUCAACUCUUGAUUGUAUAUUUGCUAUGUGAAUAUGCAUUGGCAUAUGACUGAAGUUAAGGAAGGCUACAAACUGUAUUGCCUCUGAUUUACCAAAGUCAGGUGACACGUCCAGAUGGAGUAACUGAAUUGUAAUGGCAGUGACUUCAUCGGACAGGUGGCAUAUCAAGUAGAUGCGGCUUAUCAGAAGACUGUUCUGGCGGAAUCCCAGUACUGCUGUUGCAUAUUUCAAUUAUCAAUCUACCUGCACGUGUCACCUGAGACUGAAACGCCAGAGGGCAGACCUUGUAAGCUCCCAUAACAGGGUGCGCGUGACAUUGCAAGCUACCUUGGCGCCAUGACAUUUACAUAUUGAUUGUUACCAUAUGCAUGCAUGUGCACGUUAUAGGUUGUGUAGGGUGGUGGGCAUUUUUGGCUGAAACAGUAUUGUGCAGGUGUUCUCAAGUUUUGUAUUCGAAAUGUGAUUUACAGUCCUAUUUGCACACUUCUCAAAGCUUGAAAAUAUUAAAGGGUUCUCUAUCAAGUCCGAUUCCUGACAAUAGUGUUAUCAAACAUGAUUACCGUUGAGCUAAUACGCAUACAACUAUCAAUAGCACACCUGGGAUCAGGCCUGUUGCUGCAAGUGAAACCAGUUUUCCUGAUAACUUUAUUACUGUUGCCACAUGUUUUGUCCAUGAUGCACCACCAUUUACCCUGACGGUAAACGCAUUGAUCAUUUACAUUUGUUGUGUUUAACGAAAUGGCAGGGAUUUAAGAUCUGAUAAACACCCUCCGAAUACAUAGGUUGCAUACGUACUGUUUUUUUUUUUUCAUGUGACUUUCUUGGUGGUAUAUUUUCUUUCAAGUGGCUUGAAAACAUUCCCACUUGGCUUGUGCUUGCAGAGUGAUAAAUUGUGACUCCGCAUCUCUUAGAGCUAUAUGUUGUCCAUGUUUAAAGAGCUUUUUGAAUUGAGGCUUCAUAAUUCUGUAGAUAUGCUUAUCUGUGGUUGCGGGCAGCAUUUUGCUGAAUGCAUGAAAAAGAAUAUAGUUUACCAAAUUUCUUCCAAAUGUGCUUUGAGGCACAAUGCUAUGAGAAGAAUUAACACUUGUAUACCCUAGCAGAGCAAUAGGAGUACGGCCUGCAGAAAGAUAAUUCCUAGAUAUGCUUGAACACCCUGAAAGCAAUCCUUACACACUAGAGGGCACACUUAUCACACCUUGCUACAAAAAAUGUUAUGGUCGACAAACAUACAUUUCUUUAGUGCUCAGGGCUGGUCUUCAGCCAAAUUCAUUAAAGAAGUAAUGGAUGCAUAUUUCUUGGGUUGUGACCAGCCUGGUGGGUCAACCGUGCAUUUUGCUUCCAGAGUAGACGCGCACUAAAACUAGUUGGUAACAGGCAUGGAUGGUGUGGCUUGGGAGGGGGAGGGGUUCUUAAUGCAUAUGGAGUGUUUUUAACAACCCAUCGGUUUAGGUGAAAUGCAUUGGCUUAUUUUUCUUAGUAAUCCAAAUAUUGUUAUUUGCAAGAGCAAAUUUUUUAAACACGCACUCUGGCAUAACUAGAAAAGUAUGCAGUAUUGUUUUUUGUGGUGCUUGCUCACGCAGGCCCUUGCAAUUGCAUGCGCUCUUUUGCGAUGUAUUCUACCGCGUGUGUGAAAUGACUGCAUCAUAUGCAAAAUAUGGGGUUACUUAUUGGAGGUAAAUGUAAUGCAUGGAUUGCUAGGCUCACUACAUAGGGAACUGUUUACCUUUGAUGGAAGCAGCCUACAUUUAGUCAGGUGUACUCUACUGGUCAAAAUAGAACGAAGCAAGCUCCUUCAUUUUCUUAUUAUAUGGACCAGUUGCAUGGCUUUUAGCAUUCUAAAUGACAUGAAAUACAGAGGCUAAUAAUUAAAUGCCUCAUUAGAUGGAAACCAGGUUUGGUUAGCUCGGCAAAAUGCUGUAAAAAUUUUAUCAAUAGAAUUCUAUGUAAGGUGUUGCUCAUUCAUUUUCUUGAGGAAAGUAUAAAUUCAUUUUUUUGCAAUAAAAAUGUACGUGAAUGGAGUAAGUAUAUAUUGUAGUAGUGUAUAGUGUUAAAACUACAUUUGUCCAAGAAUGCUUUGUCUCGAUAUGUUUGUGAUACUUUGUCUCGAUAUGUUUGUGAUACUUUGUCUCGAUAUGUUUGUGAUACUUUGUCUCGAUAUGUUUGUGAUACUUUGUCUCGAUAUGUUUGCGAUACUUUGUCUCGAUAUGUUUGUGAUACUUUGUCUCGAUAUGUUUGUGAUACUUUGUCUCGAUAUGUUUGUGAUACUUUGUCAUACCUAACUUGAACUUGAUGGCCCUACCACGAGCAUACAUUUUCUUGGCAAAGUGUAAAUGUGUUGCUCGUAGCUGUUCUGUCAGGACAUUGUGCGCACUAAACUUUUGCAUGACCAUGACGUGAACUAUAUAUUUGUAAACGUUCACAACUAUGUUAGGCUUGAAGACUACGUAUGUUAAUGGCGGAGUGUCAUUUGGAAACUGCUAAAAUGCUGUGCUUGGCAUUCAGGAGUGAUUAGCACCUUGAAGCAAACCGUGUACCGUAAAAACAUGCGUUGCUUCAUUUUCUUUUAUUAUUGCUUAUGGUGUUCUGUUGUCUUACUUGUGGAAGAUAGUUUUGGAAAAUAAAGCUUUGUUCGAACAGAU